AUGCUCCCUGCGCCGUCAGUCCGCAAUUCCAGCAGUAGGCCGCUGUCUUCUCGCAUUAUCUUCUAUAUCUCGUUCCUCACCUUUUGUCCUGUCGUUUUAUUUUCAGGGUACACGAGCGAGAAGUCGAGUAUCCUCGUUAUAGGCUUGAGCGUACACACGGCGCCUGUGGAGCUACGGGAGAAGCUCGCGGUGCCGGAGCACGAGUGGCCACGUGCCAUCCACGAGCUGAGCGCGUGUCCGCACAUCGAGGAGGCGGCCGUGCUGAGCACGUGCAAUCGCAUGGAGAUCUACGUCGUAGCGCGGUCGUGGCACAUGGGGAUCCGCGAAGUGACCCAGUGGAUGUCCAAGUCAAGCGGAGUACCAGCCGAAGAACUCCGCCCGCACCUCUUCAUCCUGAGACAACGAGACGCCACCCACCACCUCCUCCGCGUCGCCUCGGGACUCGACUCUCUCGUCCUGGGUGAAGGGCAGAUUCUUGCACAAGUCAAACAAGUCUUCAAAACCUCCCAGGGGAACGUGGGGUUCGGCCGUAAUUUACACGGGCUGUUUAAACAGGCGAUAGAGGCGGGAAAGCGGGUCCGAACCGAGACCAGCAUUGCGUCUGGAGCCGUUUCUGUGAGCUCUGCUGCUGUUGAGCUGACUGCCAUGAAGCUUCCGGAAAACGGGCUGCGGGACGCCCGGGUGAUGAUUGUUGGCGCGGGGAAGAUGUCCCGGCUUUUAGUUAAGCACUUGCUCUCCAAAGGGUGUGAUAAGAUGGUGGUGGUGAAUCGGACAGAGGCGCGAGUGGAGUCACUGAGAGAAGAAUUCCCAGAAGCGAUGCUGGUUUUCCGGCCGUUGUCUGAAUUGCUUGAAGCAGCUGGUGAAGCAGAUGUGGUGUUUACAAGCACAGCUUCAGAGGAGCUGCUUUUCCAUCAGGAUAACGUGCAAGGAUUGCCAUUGGCAGGCGAGCUCACAGCAGGAGUGCGUCAUUUCGUGGACAUUUCCGUUCCGAGAAAUGUUGGAGCGUGCGUCGGGUCUGUGGGUCAUGCACGGGUGUACAACGUGGAUGAUCUGAAAGAAGUCGAGGCGGCUAAUAAGGAGGACAGGAAGAGGAAGGCGCUGGAGGCUGGGGUGAUCAUAGAGGAGGAGAUUCAAGCGUUUGAGGCGUGGAGAGACUCGUUGGAAAGUGUUCCAACAAUUAAAAGGUUAAGGGAGAAGAUCGAGAGCAUUCGGCAGGCAGAAGUGAACCGGGUUCUGGCGAAGCUGGGGCAAGAUGUAACGCCGAAGCAGAGGAAGCUACUAGAGGAGAUGAGCCGAGGGAUGAUGAACAAGAUCCUGCAUGGGCCGAUGACGCAUCUGAGAUGCGAGGGUGGGGAUGUGAGGACAGUUCACGAGAUUCUGGAGAAUGUGAAUGCGAUCGGGAGGAUGUUUGACCUGGCUGCUGAUGAGAUCAUGAUCCCUCAGCUCACUGUGGCAUCCAGUUCCAAUGCUAGGUGA